AUGGGAAACGUCGUGUGUUGGUUGACGCAGUGCUGGUACCCCCGAGAACAGGUGUUCUGGGUGGCCGUGUGUGCUACAACAGUGCACACGCCAUCCGGUCCGCGACAUCACGACUGCCACUUUACGAGAGGCAGCAGUACCUUGAGUGGCACGACCCCCUUCCUAGUCGAACCGCGCUGUUGGAAGCUGCAGUGGCGAAUGCGCUCGACUGGAGCGAAGUUGGAGAUAGUCAAGCUCUACGUGCCAGCUGUAAACCGAUUCAAGGCGAAUUGGCGCGGGAAGACGCCACUUGACGUAGCGAGAAGCAGGUUCUCGGAAGAGGGUGAACAAGAAAGAGAAGGCGGUGAAGCGGGAGCGUGUGCCAGGUGUGUUGACGUUAUGGAAAAGAUGCUCUGCGUGUACAGUGGCGUGUUGUACGAAAAUACUGAUAAUGUGCUGUCGCUAGUGUCGGGUAUUUCGUCGCUCAACUCAUGGACGAGACGGUUUUGUCUUGUGUUGGAACGUGGACAUCCAAGUGUACUCGAGCCCGCCCUCUUUAGCAUCAAGGACGAUGGCAGUAUGCGUCCUGUGUGCCCAACGUCUGUGAUGCUAUGCAAUGUCGCUCCUGGAAUGAAGGCCGUUCGCGACCCGAGAUGCAAGGUGAUCGACUGA